AUGGAUCUUUGGAGCCGAAAACGCGACCUAAUCUAUUUCGGGUUCUUUGCAAUCCACAUUCCUAUCAUCUUUCUGGUUGACACUGUCCCUCUCCUCCCGUCCUUCCUCAGGACAGAUCUCUCUCUCCAAUUGCGCAGCUACUACAUCGAGACCUUCCGCGACAAGUUCUUCGAAGGUCCCGUCCCGGCCUGGUUCACGAGCUACAUAUGGAUGGAACUAUGCUACCAUGUCCCGCUGAGUGCGUGGGCUCUAGUCGCGCUGCUCCGAGAUGACCCCCUGGUCCCAGUUCACCUCCUCGUGUUCGGGAUCCAAUCGUUUCUCACCUCGCUGACCUGCCUCGUCGAAGUAUGGGGCUGGGAUGAUCGCACCGUAACUGAAAAGCAAAAUAUCACCAUGCUCUACGGACCCUAUGUUGCUCUCGGCGGGUUGAUGGCGCUGGAUAUGUUCUUCCGGCUGCGUGGCAGAUUGCUCCCCAAGCCGAAACAGGAGUAG